AUGAGCACCACCGAGCAACAGCAACUUCCCUCGCGUGAGGAGCUCCAGCAGCGUGCUGUUGAGGGCCAUCCCAUCACCACCGAUGAGGUUUCAAAGAUCGCCAAGACGGAGGCUGAGCUGACGGACGGCCGUGGACCUAUUGCGGGCGGAGUUGCCGCGACGGCGCAGAGCUUGAAGGCCAAGCAGGAGCACUUUAUUGAGGUGGCCAGCGAGGUGUCUCACAAGCCCGUCAACGAGGUCACCAAAGAGGAUGCGGCUGCUGUUGAGAGCGCCGAGGCACGUCUUCUUGGUCACCGUCCCCCCAAGGGAUCGACUGCCGCCACGAUUCAGUCGAUCGCGGACAAGAACGAGAGACUUAUGUCCGAGACCAAGGAGGAAUCCUAA